UGAAUCAAGUCCUUGCAACUGCGAACAUUUCCCCGCGCAACUUUACAUUAUUAUCAGCCCAUCUUUCUAAUCUUCCUAACUGGCUACCACGAUUCAGACAAUCAGUCCAUAUAGCUAUUCCCCCCCAAGACUAAAUCUAUCCGUCUUGUCUGGUGUUUGAUAACUUUUUCCUUUUCUUUUUCCUUUUCAAUUUUUAUAUAUACCAUAAUUUCAUUACCUUCAUUGACAUCAUGGACUUGUCUUGACCUAAGUUAUCUUUAACCUUCCCUCAUAUCCAUCGCGCGCGCGCGUAUCUCCGCUUGCUGCUCAAGUAACAAGUAUCGUCGUAUUCUGCGCCGAACCGUCUCGCAUUAUCGCUAUCGCUCGAGGCCACAAACAUUCCCGCGUUACACCACCACAUCUGCGACCUCCGAAUCUUUCCGCAGCCCGCACCAACGCAUAUCGUCGCCGACUGUAGGCAUCCCGUAUCUCGCUUCCUGCAUUUCGAUAUAUCCCGUAUCCCUCCCCCGUACUAUGCGCCUCCGCCAAGCGGCCCGCGUAAUCCUCGUCGGCGCACCCGGAGUAGGCAAGGGCACGCAGUCCGAGCGACUUCUCAAGCGCUUCCCCCAACUGUCCGCCAUCUCCUCCGGGGACCUACUCCGUCACAAUGUCAAGAACAGAACCCCUCUUGGUAUUAAGGUCGAGAGGACGAUGAAGACCGGUGGUUUAGUUUCCGAUGAUUUGAUACUACGGUUGAUUACAAACGAGCUCGGCCGUCGCGGCUGGCUCUUCGGUGGACGACCAAAUGUUAUGACCCUUUCGUCUUCGGCGAUAGGUGAUGGUGGCUUAUUAGACGGCUCUCCAGACGCCUUCGGGUCAGCACUCGAAGUCGACCCUCUGGCCGGAGCCAGUCUUUCCCAGCAAGCGUCCGAGGACCCCGCUGCUUCCUUUCUGCUCGAUGGCUUCCCUCGCACUGCGACUCAGGCUAAAAGGUUAGAUAGCAUUGUGCCCAUCAACUGGGCUGUCUCCAUCCAGACGCCCCUCGACGUCAUCAUGCAGCGUAUCUCAUCUCGCUGGGUACAUGAGCCGUCUGGUCGAGUCUAUAAUACUACAUUUAAUGCUCCCAAGGUACCCGGCUUCGAUGACAUCACCGGCGAACCCCUCGUACAAAGAGCCGAUGAUUCCGAAGAGGUAUACAGGACACGUUUUCGCAAGUUCCAGGAGACGAGUGAGCCUCUACUGGAACAUUACGCGAAGAAGGGCGUCCUAUGGGAGGUCAACGGCAUGAGCAGUGAUGAGAUCAGCCCCAAAUUAUACCAAGAAUUUGAGCGACGCUUUUUAUGACCUGGGUAGGAAACCUGGGUUGAGAAGCGUCACCCGGUUUUUAUGGGUGACGAAAUGAAUCGAACGAACUGUAUAUCAGGUUGGGAUUUUUGGUAUGAGCGGAACGCUCACCGGAGUUCAGGGAACUGGGCAGGGCGAAAGUCGUCCAAUGAACGGCUGACGCUCUGGUUUUGUGUAUUCUUUAUGGUAUACACCUAUGUUUAUAGGACGACUUGAAUAGCCUAAGAAAAUAUUUUUCAACAAUCGUACUAUCUGGAGGCUGAAAAGAGACGGUUAACUUGAAUAUGAAUUAUCUGCAGCUUAGGUAGGGAGUCUUAAAUGUGAAGCACUUCCGGCCG